AAACGAUCAGUUCAGCUCCAUAUAUAUACAUAUAUACGUAUAUAUAUUUACUCUCUUUUUUCGACCAUUCGUUUUAGCCCAAACCAAUCCCUUAAAAUACUUCUCAAACCUUCCCCUUCGUGAUACGAAUCCAACGGAAAAAGAAUCGUCGAAAACGGUCGUGAAACGAGGGAGAAAAACCUCGCCGGAGUUUCGCCGGAGAAAAGCUUUUCGACGGAAAACGGAGAAGAGGGAGGAGCUGCCACUGCCGCCAACCCACCACCGUCAUUCGCCGUCCCGAGAGGAGUGCACCGCUACCCCGUUGGCCGUUUCCGACGAGGUGAAUACUUAGAGACCCAAAUUGAAGAAGAGAAUUAGGAGCAUCGGGACUUAAGGAGGUGAUCAUGAUGAUUUUGAUGCUGAAAUGUUUGAGAGCGCGAAUUAGAAGACAAUUAUGUAGUUCACUAGAAAUAAACUUUAAUAUUUUCUUAUGAUUCGAACAUCUUGAUUUUUGUUAAACUCGUGUUUUGGUAGAUAGCCUUAGCAUCCAAUCAUUCACGGAUUGGAUGUGGCGGUGACAUACCCCUUUUACUUAGUUUUAUUAAUUUCCGCUGCAACUUUUGAAGUUUUAAUCAUUAAAUAAAAGUUCAUCUCUAUUUCUAAGUAUUAUUUUGGGUGGAAAAUUUGGGGGUGUCACAAGUUGGUAUCAGAGACGACGAUGACCAACCACCAAGGGAGAAGAGAGGUAGACCCAAUCCCCCUGAACAACGAACACAAUGGCGGGGAGAUGAUCGCAAUCGCAAUCAAGGAGGAAGGAACUUCCCAGGAAAAGGUCCGACGGGUGAACGAUAUUAUCAUUGCAAGUUAUGCCAAAAGAAUCAUCCUGGACGCGAUUGUGCGGGCAAUGCAGUGAAAUGUUAUGAUUGUGGCAGGAUGGGCCAUAGAGCAUAUGAGUGUCACGUGGGAAAAGGGAGGGUUCCCCAGAACCAGGGCCAAAUCAACAAGGGAGGCAAUCCUGGAGGAAAUAGGCCAGGAGGCGCAGAGAAUCCUAACCACAACGCUCGUGGGAAUGGGGGAAACCACAAGGGCAACAACAACACCCCUAACCAAGGCAAGAUCUACGUGAUGAAUCAAGCUCAAGCUAAUGCCUGUGAUGUGGUUUCAGGUACCUUUCAAGUGAACUCCAUGCCUGCUUAUGUUCUUUUUUAUUCUGGUGAUUCUCAUAGUUUUAUAUCUUCAAGCUUUGUUAAGAAACUGGGAAUAGAACCCACUACUAGAAUAGAAUUGAAUGUAAAAACGGCAGCUGAAAAAGUUGUGGCUUGUGGGAAUGUGUACUCAAAUGUACCCAUACUCAUAAGUGAUACCAAUCUCCCUGGAGACUUGAUUCAAUUCGAUCUAGAAGACAUAGACGUGGUGCUUGGCAUGGACUGGCUCGGAAGAUACAAAGCAAAAAUUCUAUGUGGCGAACAGAAGGUAGUCAUGAAGGGCCCGAAUGGGAAGAGAGUAUCCUACAAAGCUGUGACCACCACCCCGGGAGUAAAGCUGGCAACCAUACAACAAAUAAAGCGCUACGUUCAGAAGGGAUGUGAAGCAUACCUGUGCGUAGUCAAAGACUCAAAGGUGGAAGAAAAGACCAUUGACCAAAUUCCCAUGGUCAAUGAAUUCCCGGACGUGUUUCCUGAAGAGAUUCCGGGGAUGCCUCCAGAAAGAGAAGUGGAGUUCUCCAUCGAUUUGAUGCCCGGGACUGCACCAAUCUCGAAGGCACCCUAUCGAAUGGCACCAAAAGAGAUGCAAGAACUGAAGGAACAACUUCAAGAUCUGCUGGAGAAGGGUUAUAUCAAACCGAGUGUCUCACCCUGGGGCGCUCCGGUGUUAUUUGUCAAGAAGAAAGAUGGAAGCUUGAGGCUGUGUGUUGAUUACCGGGAACUAAAUCAAGCAACUAACAAAAACAAAUAUCCACUUCCGCGCAUUGACGAUCUGUUCGAUCAGCUGAAAGGAGCAAGUACGUUUUCCAAGAUUGACUUGAGAUCCGGUUAUCAUCAAGUAAGGAUUGCCGAGAGGGACAUUCCAAAAACGACAUUUCGAACGAGGUACGGACAUUAUGAGUUCACUGUAAUGCCGUUCGGCUUAACUAAUGCGCCUACGGUAUUUAUGGACCUAAUGAAUCGUGUGUUCCGACCCUACCUCGACUUGUUCGUGGUAGUGUUCAUUGAUGACGUUUUGGUGUAUUCAAGGACACCUAGUGAUCACGAGGGGCAUCUCAGAACCGUACUUCAGACUUUGAGAGGCAAUCAGCUCUACGCCAAACUCUCAAAGUGUGACUUCUGGAGGGAUCAGGUAGCAUUCUUGGGUCACAUCAUCACCCAAGAAGGUGUCUCGGUUGAUCCAUCAAAAAUUGAAGCGGUGAUAGGUUGGCCUGCACCCACCACGGUGACGGAGGUUCGAAGCUUCCUAGGUUUGGCUGGGUAUUAUCGAAGAUUUGUGAAAGAUUUCUCAAAGGUAGCAAGGCCUUUGACCAACCUCACAAAGAAGACCACUAAAUUCCUGUGGAGUAGCGAGUGUGAAGAAGCUUUCCAAGAGCUGAAGCAGAGGUUGACAACCGCACCAGUCUUGACCCUACCAUCCGGAACAGAAGGGUUUGAGAUUUACAGCGAUGCUUCAUUGAAAGGGUUAGGUUGCGUUCUGAUGCAAAAUGGAAAGGUGGUGGCCUAUGCAUCAAGGCAACUGAAGACUCACGAGGUCAACUACCCUACGCAUGAUCUAGAGCUAGCUGCGGUGGUUUUCGCCUUGAAACUUUGGAGACAUUACUUGUACGGGGCACAAUGCAAAGUUUACACUGAUCAUAAGAGCCUCAAAUACAUAUUCACGCAAAAGGAGCUCAAUAUGCGGCAACGGCGAUGGCUAGAACUUGUCAAAGAUUACGACUUAGUGAUUCAAUACCAUGAAGGCAAAGCUAAUGUCGUGGCAGAUGCUCUAAGCCGUAAGUCGAUGCAUUCUUGUAGAGCAACAUGGAUCCUACCCAACGAGCUAUGGCGAGACUUCCAAAAGCUGAGUUUGGAAGUGAGAGAAUUCGGGGAGGUGGAUAACGAGGUACAGUUAUGUUCCAUGACCGUCACCUCAUCACUCUAUGAAGAAAUAAAAGCGGGACAACCUGGAGACGUGAAGUUGGAGCGAGUCAAGUCCGGAAUGAUAGACGGAAUCAAUGGACCAUUCAUGAUGCAUAAUGACGGUAGUAUUCGUUAUAAAGGCAGGUGGUGUGUCCCUAUGAAAUGUGAGCACGCCAAAAAGCAAAUCAUGGAAGAAGGACACAACACGCCUUAUUCGGUACACCCAGGUGGGGAUAAAUUAUACAAAGACUUAAAGAAGAAUUUCUGGUGGCCACGAAUGAAGAAAGAAGUGGCGGAAUUUGUAGCCAGAUGCCUUAACUGCCAGAAAGUCAAGGCUGAGAGAUGCAAGCCCAAGGGACUCAUGCAACCCUUAGAAGUGCCAACAUGGAAAUGGGACUCGAUCUCGAUGGACUUUGUCGGAGGACUACCCCUAACAAAGUCUGGAAAAGACAAAAUUUGGGUGAUCGUCGACAGACUUACCAAAACUGCGAGAUUCAUCCCCAUGAAUGAAACUUGGAGUAUGGAUAAGCUGGCUAGAGCAUACAUCCAACACGUGGUCAAAUAUCAUGGUGUGCCCCGAGAUAUUGUGUCUGACCGAGACUCCCGUUUCUUAUCACAAUUCUGGAGGGAAUUGCAAGCAGCUAUGGGGACCAAACUAAAGCUAAGCACUGCAUUUCAUCCUAUGACGGACGGACAGACGGAGAGAACUAUCCAGACACUUGAAGAUAUGUUGAGAGCUUGCAUACUAGACUUGCAGGGUUCAUGGGAUGAACACUUAGACUUGAUAGAGUUCUCAUACAACAACAGUUACCAUGCAAGCAUCAAGAUGGCUCCGUACGAGGCUUUAUACGGUCAGAAGUGUAGAAGCCCAUUAUGCUGGAGCGAUAUGGUAGAUAAAGUGGUACUAGGACCGGAUUACCUCCAAGACACCAUGGACAAAGUGAAGAUGAUUCAAGCAAGGAUGAAAGCUGCACAAGAUCGUCAGAAGUCUUAUGCAGACUUGGGGAGGAAACCAGCCGAAUUCGAAGCAGGGGAGAAAGUCCUACUCAGAGUCUCCCCGACCAAGGGAGUAAUGAGAUUUGGAAAGAAGGGAAAGCUAAGCCCGAGGUUCAUUGGCCCAUAUGACAUCCUCGAGCGAGUGGGAAGAGUGGCAUAUCGUCUAGCUCUACCCACCGAGUUGGCUAAUGUAUAACAUACUAUAACCGCUCGUUAGUGAAUACCUUACUAAACUUCUCUCAAGUACUAAAGUGUGUUAUGCGUAGGUACACAACGUUUUCCAUAUCUCCCAAUUGAAGAAGUAUGUCCGCGACGAAUCCCAUAUUCUUAGCCCCGAGGUACAAAUCGUAACCUUAUGAUAAUUAGAUCAAAGUAUCACAUCUAACCUCGACUUUCUUAGGUGGUCGAGUUGGAUGAAUCAUUGACUUAUGAGGAGAGGCCGAUCCAAAUUUUGGAUACUAAGACUCGCGAGACUAGGAGAAAAGCGGUUAAGAUGGUGAAGGUGUUGUGGUCUAACCACUUGGCCGAAAAUGCCACAUGGGAGACUGAGGAAGAUAUGCGCAAACGCUAUCCAGAGUUAUUUGACUAAGGUAAAAUUUUAGUUACGAGGACGUAACCUCUCUUUAAGGGGGGUAGAAUGUAAUACUUAAGAAUUUGAUUAUUUAAAUUUAGUUUAUGUUUCAGGACGAAACAUCUUUUAAGGUGGGUAGAAUGUGACACUUCAAAAAUUUAAAUAAAAAUAAAAAUAAUUUUUAGUCAGAUAAAAUAUUACAAAAAUAACAUUUUUAUAAAUAAUUGAGUCAGACAAAAAUUCAACAGAUGUGACAUUUUAAUCAGAUAAAAUUUUCAAAAUUUAUGACGUUUUAGUCAGAUAAAAAUACUUCGGUGAUAAGAACAACAUUUUAGUAAACAAGUGAACCAGACAGAAAAUUUACAUUUACGACAUUUUUAGUCUGAUAAAAGUGGUCCGAUAAAAGAAGUAACAUUUUAUAUCAAGUAUCAAUUAUACAUAUGGUAUAAGAAGUAAAAGCUAUAUUUUAAUAACCAAAAGAUAAACUUAAUACCUACAUACUAAGAAGCGGUACACCCGAUAUAUCACUCCAUAUACCAUAAACUAUCAAUACGUAUUAAUAAUAUACAGUAUAAUAUACUUAAACUACACUUACGUAAUACAAGUAUAUUAAGACUCUAACAAACGUUAGUUCUAAGAAUUACACUUACGGAGGAAUAUAUACAAUAAGUAGGAUGCUCUAACACAAACUCUUAACUUCCAAGACCAAGUAGGAACGGGUUUCAAAUUAAAACAAAUCGGAGAAGCUUGAAAAUUUAAAACCAGGACCUUCCCCUAUAAAUAGCAACCUUAACCUGCAUUUUAUUUACACCAAGAAAACGAUCAGUUCAGCCCAUAUAUAUACAUAUAUACGUAUAUAUAUUUACUCUCUUUUUUCGACCAUUCGUUUUAGCCCAAACCAAUCCCUUAAAAUACUUCUCAAACCUUCCCCUUCGUGAUACGAAUCCAACGGAAAAAGAAUCGUCGAAAACGGUCGUGAAACGAGGGAGAAAAACCUCGCCGGAGUUUCGCCGGAGAAAAGCUUUUCGACGGAAAACGGAGAAGAGGGAGGAGCUGCCACUGCCGCCAACCCACCACCGUCAUUCGCCGUCCCGAGAGGAGUGCACCGCUACCCCGUUGGCCGUUUCCGACGAGGUGAAUACUUAGAGACCCAAAUUGAAGAAGAGAAUUAGGAGCAUCGGGACUUAAGGAGGUGAUCAUGAUGAUUUUGAUGCUGAAAUGUUUGAGAGCGCGAAUUAGAAGACAAUUAUGUAGUUCACUAGAAAUAAACUUUAAUAUUUUCUUAUGAUUCGAACAUCUUGAUUUUUGUUAAACUCGUGUUUUGGUAGAUAGCCUUAGCAUCCAAUCAUUCACGGAUUGGAUGUGGCGGUGACAUACCCCUUUUACUUAGUUUUAUUAAUUUCCGCUGCAACUUUUGAAGUUUUAAUCAUUAAAUAAAAGUUCAUCUCUAUUUCUAAGUAUUAUUUUGGGUGGAAAAUUUGGGGGUGUCACAGUUUGUAUGAUCUAAACACUAUGAUGACAAUUUGUGAAUUUGCGGAUAUUUGACUCAUUAUGUCCUUGUGUCACCCACUUGUACAAAGUGUUGGAGACCAUUUAGGGCAUUGUGUGCACAAGCAUUUGUUGUUUAUUUGUAGCAUAUGAUUUGGGCUUACUGGAUUGAGUCCCACUGCACAUUGAUUAUGGUUGUGCAUUGUCAAACUGUUGUUCAUUUUCAACCAAUGUGUGCCUAUAUGGAUUGAUAAGUCAAAACAUUAAUUGUUUUUUCUAUAUUUAAUACUUGUAUGCUAAGCAUGAAACAAACUACAAAAAUAUGUGUACUGUGGGCACAUAUGUCAGUACAUACAAAAAUUGUACCUCUUCUCUAUAAAGGAAGUACAUACAAAAACAUUGGCCUCCAUGUGCCUGAGUUCAUUCUUGAAGAUCUACUUGAUUUUCACUUAUGAACUUACCUCCAUGGGUAUGGUUUGUUGCUUGUACCCCAACUAUUUGCAUCUGAAUGAGUGCUUGUUUUGCUUCAUUGAGUAUGUCAAGGCCGAUUUCCACAUUUUUAGGUAACAUGCCCUGUCUUUCAAGUUUUUCUUUUCCAACAUGCCUCAGCUUUAAGUUGUUCCCCCCUUUGUGCUUUAGUAUUUCCUCCAUUACAAACUGGAAGCUGAGGAACACUCUAUUUAAUGUGGUGGCUGUGAGAGCAUCAAAUGCUGAUGUCACAGCUUCUACUAAUUUGGAAAUUGACUUAGGGGCUUGAUAUUUCCUUAGUGAGUCAAUGGCCCUAAAGAAGCCCAAGUCAAGGACAUUUAAGUCAGAACUGUUAGGGGCUGAAAUUGUAACUUUAUGUCCCAUCCAUUUUCAGUUGCACAUUAUAUUUUACAAAAUCUUCUUCUUUUGUAUCAACAUGUGGUCUUGCAUUGUCUGCUGAAUGAUCACUCUUUUGUUAACGCUGUCUUGCCACUUAGAUUUGAUGGCAGGCACCACAUGCUGCAACAUCAUGUCUUUCAUUACAAUCCUUGUGACACUUAAUGUAGGUUUUGUCUCUAGUGUGCCUGCUAUUCUGUUCUUGCUAGAUCUCUUUGUUUUCUCUUGAAACGUGAAAGGAAAGAUACCUACUUUCCCAUCCCAUAUGACAUCCUCUGCAUCCCCAAACCUUGGUCUGCCCACAACUGCUAAAAACAUUAUAUUGGGUAUGAAUUUCUUAGACUAAGCAGCUCUAUAAGAAUCUUCUUCAAUACUGUGAGUGUAAAAGUUGGUUGUUUCCUUAGUUAUGAAAAACCACUUUUCAUCAAUGUGAAUAUGGUCAUAAAAAUGAUGAAAAGUGGGAUUUCUUGUAGGGUUAUGAGUGAUCAAGUGACCUAAACAAAACUCUAACCUUUUAUUUUUGCAUGUCUCUGUCAAUAAAGGUUUGAUUGCAUUUGAGUGCCUUUUGAUUUGGUUAGCUUUCACUAGUUUAUGCACAGUUGACUUUGAAACUUGUAUGACAUAGCCUAAAGACCUUAUGAAGAAAGAUGUUGAUAAGGUAGAUAUAAAUAGAGUGUAAUGGGAGGGAAAUUCAAAAGCUUUGGCCGAAAUAUUGGAGGGAUUGUUUUAGUGUAUUCAAAUUGAUUAGAAUAGAUUAGAUGAAGAAAGAUGUUGUAAUAGUAAUGGAUGUGAUAUGUAAUGAGUGUGAUUGGAUUGACUACUGUUGAUAUUUAAUUUUUUACCCCCCCUAAU